GGAUUGUAUGAAGGUCAGUUUCCUAUAGUUUCUAGAGCAGCUAGCUAGGCUUGCUUUUUAAAUUAUUUACUUGUUUUUUUUUAUUAAUUUCUCUUGGAUAUUAAUUUCUAUCAUCUGUUCAACUCACUAUAAAAUCCAAAGAAUAGAAGCUAGCAAGAGCACAAUACCAAGUACCGGUGUCCUCCUCUUUCCAGUCACCCGUUCACCUUUUCUAUUGCCUCCAUAGCUCUCCUCUUUCCUUUCAUGCACUUAUUGGAAAAGAAUAAACUAGACACGAUCUUGUGGUAUAUAUAUGUAGCACUCUUCUUUAUCAACACCCAUCUCUUGCAUUUCUCUAGUAAGUUAGCUCCUGAGUCCUUACAUCUUCAAGUCUUCAUCGUUCAUUUUUUAGAGGAGGAUUUCGAACUCUGGAUCUUUAGCUAUAUAUAAAUAUUUUCAUUAGUAGCUAGCUAAUAUACAUAUAUAAGCUUGUCCAAGACCAACAAUUAACCAUUCUAGCGUUUUGAACAAUAAGCUGAAAAAAUGGGAAUUCAAGGAACUUUGGAGUACUUAUCAGAUGUACUAAGCAGUGCCAAAAAAGGCAAGAAGAAGAAGCAAAUGCAAACGGUGGCCAUAAAAAUCAGGAUGGACUGUGAAGGUUGUGCCCGCAAGGUCAAGAGUGUCCUCUCCGGCGUAAAAGGUGCUAAAUCUGUGGACAUCGACUUGAAGCAGCAGAAGGCAACUGUGAUUGGAUAUAACGUUGAGGCAAAGAAAGUGUUGAAGGCUGCUCAGUCAACAAAGAAGAAGUGUGAGUUGUGGCCUUAUGUUCCGUACAAUCUGGUUGCUCAUCCUUAUAUUUCUCAGGCAUAUGACAAGAAGGCACCUCCUAAUAUGGUCAGGAAAGUUGCCGACACUUCAAACAUCACUGAGACUGCCAUGGACGACCGCUACACAGUCAUGUUCAGCGAUGACAAUCCUAAUGCCUGCUCUAUCAUGUAGCUAGAUUAUUAAUAUAUAUAAUCAAUAUAUCUAAAAUAAUCAUAUUUAUAAAUAGUGGAUUAAUUAACGAAAUAGUGUGGUAUGUGGGGUUGAUAUACGUGGGUUUUGUUCAGGGAGUUCGAUUAUUCAAGCUGUUGAUUUAUCUCUUUGGCUAAAGCUGUCAUAUUUGCGUGGAGCCUUUUGUGAUUCAAGAGUAAUAUUACUAGCUCGUGUCUUUUUUUCA